AUGACUCAACGACGCCGGGACUUCGAGGAGAAGGCUUAUCCUCGGGCAUCGACCCUGGAGCCGAAUAGGCUCCCAAGAAGGGGCCGAAGGGGUGGCUGGAUGCAAAGUCCACAGAGGGGCGUCGCCAAGCUGGAUGGCACCAACUCGGCACAGCGUGCAUGGUGGGCGGAGCGGGCGGCCUCCAUCGAUGAGAGCUUCGUGGCGAAGGUGCAGGAGGCCCAGACGUCACAGACGAAGGUGCAGGAACUCCUUGAUCAGCACCUCUCCGAGAUGGACGCGCUGACGGUGGCAAUGCCACGCGCGGAUGAUUUUCGGCUGCCCCACAUCAAGGAGCUUGUCAAGACUCCCAAGCCAAACCCUGUGCACGAGGCGACGGUGGCAUCGCCGCCCUUGCAGGCCCCUCCAGAGGCGGCUUUGCCGUCCUUUCUUCACGAGUCCUUGGAAAGAAGGCAGAGACGGAGGCGGGGCCGUUUCCUUGGGAGUCCCAGUACGAGUGGCCCGAGUGGCCCGAGCACAGAGGCAGGCGCAGGCUCGCACUCCUUGGCCUGGUCCGAAGACUCCGAGUCGGAAACGGAGUCGGGCUCCGAGGCAGAGGACCCCACAGAGGCCCCGCGGCAGAGCGGUCGCUUGAAAGGGCGGCUUUCUGCAAGGAAAGCCAGGGCUAGGGCCAGAGCCCAAGAUCCGUCGCCUCCGGAGCCGGAGCAGGGGGCUCCCAUGGAGACCAUGGAGCCAGUGCGCGACUGCGAGCUCGGAAACCUUUGGAGCCAAUUCGGAGCCUCCUGGGUAGAAUACAACCAGUGUGUGGUUCCCAGCGUCUUUCCACAAGAUCCGCACGGAGAGGGAGCAGCCACCGGGGCCACUCUGGAGGCGUAUCACCACACACGGCAGUCGGCAUCCCUCUUCGACGUCUCUUUUAAGGUCUGCCUGCAGAUCAUGGGCAUGGACCGAGAGUUCGUCGCGGAUCAGUUUCUAACCUGCAGCCUCCGAGCGAUGCGAGUCGGUGACGUGCAAUAUGCAUGCAUCCUGGACAGCAAAGGCCUAGUCCUGGAUGACGCCUUCGUUUUUCUUCACGAGGCUUCAGUCAACAUCUUAGCUUCUGGUUGGCAUGCCAAGCAGCUGCUGGAGUAUCUUGGCCAGUAUCUGAUCUACGUGCGGCGCUCUGGUGCCGACGUUUCUUUCGUGAGCCAUACGGGCGCCGUCCUCUCUCUGCAGGGCCCGAAAGCUCAGGAGGCAUUGAUGCUGGUGCUCUCCGAUGGCUUGGAGCUCUCAACGUUCAGCGAGCAGGUCGCCUUGGCACCGGAAGUCCUGGAGGCCAUGCCCUACAUGAGCGCGCUCUCCUUGGGCAAGUCUGGGGUGAAGGCUGAGGCCACGGUGCUGCGGGUCGGUAUGACAGGAGAGGACGGCUUCGAGAUCUUGGGACCUUCCCCUUUCUUACACGAAGUGGCCGCGGCGCUGCUGCAGACCCCACUGGUCAGACCGGCCGGGGUCUACUGCUUGGACAUCCUUCGCAUGGAGGCGGGGCUCCCACGCAUCGGCACAGACGUCGCAUCGGGACUCCACAGUCCCGUGCGCGCCGCGCUGUCCUGGACCUUGGACCAGGGGAAGAUGCGGAGCCACCUGAUGUUCGGCUGGCAGAAGCUUUUCUUCCAGCUGGCGAAGGGUCCGAAGUUUCGGCGGGUGGGCCUGCUGCUGGACGGCCCCGGGCACAGUGGCUGCCGACUGCUCUCCAAUCCCCACCGGCAGCCAAUAGGCGUGGUCACCUCGACGGCCUGGAGCCCGCAUCUCCGGUGUCGCGUAGCGCAGGCCUACAUACGACCGGAGUAUGCAAAGGCCAACAAGCAUGUGCUGCUCACGGUGCCGUACAACCUGCCAGUGAAAAAGAUGCGGAGGAAGGCCAUCAAGCACUGGCUGCGGGCGGGUGACCUGCGCUCCGGCUAUCGGAGACUGGUGGCCGCCUGCGUUGUGCCCUUGCCCUUCGUCCCACACCGCUACCCGGAGCCAGCGCGGCAGCGAAAGGCCACCACCCGGCUUCGGUCCCGAAGCGCGGAGGAGACACUCCGAGGGGUCAAAGCGGUGGGAGAAGCCUCGAGGGCGACUCCGCGAAGGAAGAGUUCCUCCACCGGUGAGCAGCUGCGGGAAGGCUACGAGCAUGCCAGUAAGGACGUUCCGAUUCUGGCCGACUGCCGCCAGCUCCAGCAUGUCCACCAAGCCCGUGCCAGUCUCAGACAGUGGCUGAUGGUCGCCAAAGGCGACGCGAUUGAGCUCAAUUUGGAGACGAUGACCGUGGAGCAAGGGCUGGAGUUGAUCGAGAAGGAGCGGGUGCAGCCCUUGCUGACCUACUUAAGGACCGGCACCUUCGAGAACAAGACUAACAUGACAUUUAUGAAGGCGUACUCGGUCGUUGUACAGUUUGGCGACCAGCAGCAGCACUCCUUCAAGCUUUAUUCUUAUUACAAGAAGGUGAUUUCGGAUUAUUGCAAGAACGGCAUGAUGGAGCUUCAGAAGCUGGCCGGCGAGGACCUGCUGCACGCGCUGGCGCAGCUGUGGGAGAAGAACACGAUCCUAGUCUUCUGGAUGCAGCGUGUCUUCCAGUAUCUGGAUCGCUUCUUCACGAAGAGCAGUACGGAGUACCCUGAUCUUUUCAAGGCUGCGGCGCAGGCUUUUUCAGAUCCUGGGCAGCAAGAGGUGUUUUGCAGUAAGACUCAGUCCUUGGCCGAGAGUGUAGAGCCUUCUUGUUCCUCUGUGGUCCCGGAGGCGAAGUGUGUGGAGGCUCUGGUGGCGCAGGUAAACCGGGAGCGUGAUGGCGUGGAGAUCGACCAGGAGAUUCCUGUGAUUCUACUUCAGGCAGCGGUCAUCUUUGUGUUCAGUUCCAUGCCGGCAUCGGCUCAAGCAUUGACAGCUAGUGCACCUGAGGAGAGCCAUGCCCUUGCAAAAACCAAGUCAGAAUGA